AUGUUGAGGCGGGGGGGGGGGGCCCCCCCGGGGGGGGCCCGGGGGGGGCCCCCCCCCCACCGGGGGGGGGCCCACACCCAGGGGGGGGGGGGGGGGGGGCACCACCACACACAAAAGGAGGGGGAAAAAAAAAAAAAAGGGGGGGGGGGGGGGGGGGGGGGGGGGGGGGGGGGGGGGGGGGGGGGGGGGGGGGGGGAAAAAGGGGGGGGGGGGGGGGGGGGGGGGGGGGGGGGGGGGGGGGGGGGGGGGGGAAGGGUAUAUAUUUUAUUAUUAUUUUUUGGGGGGGGGGGGGGGGGGGGGGGGGGGGGGGGGGGGGGGGGGGGGGGGGGGGGGGGGGGGGGGGGGGGGGGGGGGGGGGGGGGGGGGGGGGGGGGGGGGGGGGGGGGGGGGGGGGGGGGGGGGGGGGGGGGGGGGGGGGGGGGGGGGGGGGGGGGGGGGGGGGGGGGGGGGGGGGGGGGGGGGGGGGGGGGGGGGGGGGGGGGGGGGGGGGGGGGGGGGGGGGGGGGGGGGGGGGGGGGGGGGGGGGGGGGGGGGGGGGGGGGGGGGGGGGGGGGGGGGGGGGGGGGGGGGGGGGGGGGGGGGGGGGGGGGGGGGGGGGGGGGGGGGGGGGGGGGGGGGGGGGGGGGGGGGGGGGGGGGGGGGGGGGGGGGGGGGGGGGGGGGGGGGGGGGGGGGGGGGGGGGGGGGGGGGGGGGGGGGGGGGGGGGGGGGGGGGGGGGGUGGGGGGGGGGGGGGGGGGGGGGGGGGGGGGGGGGGGGGGGGGGGGGGGGGGGGGGGGGGGGGGGGGGGGGGGGGGGGGGGGGGGGGGGGGGGGGGGGGGGGGGGGGGGGGGGGGGGGGGGGGGGGGGGGGGGGGGGGGGGGGGGGGGGGGGGGGGGGGGGGGGGGGGGGGGGGGGGGGGGGGGGGGGGGGGGGGGGGGGGGGGGGGGGGGGGGGGGGGGGGGGGGGGGGGGGGGGGGGGGGGGGGGGGGGGGGGGGGGGGGGGGGGGGGGGGGGGGGGGGGGGGGGGGGGGGGGGGGGGGGGGGGGGGGGGGGGGGGGGGGGGGGGGGGGGGGGGGGGGGGGGGGGGGGGGGGGGGGGGGGGGGGGGGGGGGGGGGGGGGGGGGGGGGGGGGGGGGGGGGGGGGGGGGGGGGGGGGGGGGGGGGGGGGGGGGGGGGGGGGGGGGGGGGGGGGGGGGGGGGGGGGGGGGGGGGGGGGGGGGGGGGGGGGGGGGGGGGGGGGGGGGGGGGUCAGUGGGAGUCGGUGA